AACAAAAUCCUCCCACUCACUUGAAGCAGUUGCUGACUUUGUUUUUCACUACCUUCAUUUAAUAAUUAAAUAGAAUAUAUUGUUACUACUACUUUUGCUCUAAAAACACACUCUCAAAUUGCUUCUUCUUCCAUUUGCAAAUAAAUUUUAAAUGGCUCCUCAAAUCAUCUUUCUCCUAUUGCCAUUACUACUACUACUCUCUUCCCAUUCCUCCUCCUCCCGCCGGAUCCUCCAUCAACCUUUCUUUCCGGUCAUCGAUUCUCCUCCUCCACCACCCAUCACCACCCAAACUCCGUCGCCUUCUCCUUCCCCUUCUCUGCAACCACAACCUCAACCCAAACAUCCUUUCUCUUCACUAACACCACCAGAAACUGACAACAACCGCCGUUUCUUCCCUUCAUACACCUCCCCACCAGAGUCUUCCACCACCACAACCACCGUCCCUUCCACUUCUCUCCCCACUUUCCCUGCAAAUAUCUCUUCCAUUAUUCUCCCAUCGUCAUCGUCUUCCAAAUCCCAUGUCUCCACAAAGCUUCUUCUUAUUUCCCUCGCUUUCUCCCUCCUUGCUAUCGCGUUUAUUGCUGCGGUGGUUGUCUCCCUUGUGUACCACCGCAACCAUAGUCACAAACCUCCACCUUCCGAUAGUCUCCGGUUGUUUCCGGCUAACCUCCCCACCUCUGACAAACCUCCACCGCCUCCUACUCUUCCAUCAAACUUCUCCACCCCCAGCUCCGAGUUUCUCUAUCUUGGUACGCUCGUUAGUCCCUUACACGACCAAAGACUUCUCAAAACAUCCGAUCACAUGACCAAUGCCUCCGCCUCCGCCUCCGCCGCCGCCUCCGCCGCCGCCACUUCAAUCGAUUAUAACAUGUUGGGUUCGCCGGAGCUCCACCCACUCCCGCCAUUACCCCGACAAGACUUCCAUCACCAACACAACCUGGACGAGGGUUCUUUCUCCGACUCCGAAGUGGAGGAUCUUGGAGAUUUCUUCUCUCCAAAAGGAUCUCCGGUAGCGUUUCAACGCCACAAGACGGUGUUGCCACCUUCACCUCCACCUCCUCCGCCACCGCCAUCUGGGUUCAGCGGAAUACAAAGAAAAGAAGAGAUUUUGAAGCCGAAGUUGAAACCUUUACAAUGGGAUAAUGUAAGAGCAAGCUCAGAGAAGGCAACGACAUGGGAUCACUUCAAAUUAAGCUCUUUUCAGUUGAACGAAGAAAUGAUACAGACAUUGUUCAUGUCAAACUCAUCUAAACUCGCACCAAACCCUAGCAUCGAUCAAAAGAUGGUUGCCGAUGUAACCCAAAAGAACAUUGUCCUUGAUCCACACAAAUCCAGAAACAUCGUUAUACUUUUGAGGGCGCUUGAUUUAACCAUCGAUGAAGUCUGUGAAUCCAUUCUUCAAGGUAACGUUGAUACCUUAGAUUCUGAGCUACUUGGGAGCUUGUUGAAGAUGGCUCCAACAAUGGAGGAAGAAACUCGCUUAAAGGAAUUCGAUGAUCUUGAUCCAGCGGAGAAGUUUCUGAAAGCAGUUAUUCAAAUACCAUUCGCAUUCAAGAGGGUGGAUGCCAUGCUCUACAUAUUAAACUUCGAUAAUGAAGUUGAGUAUCUCAAGGGAUCCUUUAAAACCAUUGAGAUGGCUUCUCGGGAGCUUAGGAACAGCAGGAUGUUUAUCAAGCUGCUCGACGCUGUGUUAAUGGCAGGAACCCAGAUGAAUGACGGAACUACCCAUGCCUGGAAGCUCGAUACUCUUCUCAAGCUUGUACACGUGAAGGGCAACGAUGGAAAAACAACACUCCUCCAUUUUGUCGUACAAGAGAUCAUUCGAGAAGAAGGGUUUCACCUUUCGGGUGGAGAAAAUAAUAAAAACUCAGAGCUCUGUGAUGAGGUGGAGUUCAGGAAACGUGGUCUUGAAGUUGUUUCGAGUCUCGGUGGUGAGCUUUCGAGUGUUAAGAGAGCCGCAGCCAUGGAUUCCACCUUGCUUUCGAAGGAAGUGGAAAGGUUAGCCAUGGGGUUAACCAAGGUUGGUGAAGUGGUGGAUUUAAACGAACAGAUUGGAUCGAAUGAAAGAUUCUCAGACUCCAUGAACGUGUUCUUGAAGAAAGCGAAGGAUGAUCUGGUUAAGAUUGUUGAUCAAGAGCGGCUAUCCAUUUCAAUGGUGAAGGAAGCUACUGAAUACUUUCAUGGGGAGUAUUCAGCCAUGGAAGAAGGUGAAGCUUUGAGGAUUUUUACAGUGGUGCGUGAGUUCUUGUCAGUUCUUGAUCGAGUUUGUAAGGAAGUUGGGAAGAUGAAUGAGAGAAGCACAGUUGGGAUCCCUUUACCUUUGCGAAUGAGUCGAAGUCUUCCUGUAUUUCCUAAGUUUAAUGGAGGACAACAGUUUGGGUCAUCAGAUGGAGAAGAUGAGUCAGUUUCGGUGUAACUGGUUCUAGGCUUUAUUAAUUGUAGGUUUUGUUGCUCAAUUGCAAGCAUCUGUAUAAAUUUUGGUGCA